GAUAACCAAGUGUUGUCGUGUUGCUCCCCGAUCCCGGAGAGGAUUGGGUGGAUAGAGAUGAGCAGAUAGUUGUGUUGCACGGCACGGCUGCACCCCACAUCUGGUAUUGUCCUAUAUACUCUAUCUAGUAGUAGGAGUAUCUUUUAUCUGGAUCUCCACGAAUUCGCAGCUCCGUCUUCUUCCUCCUCCUUUUUCCACUGCAAAUCGAGAAAAGUAAACCAGAGAAGGGCAGCUCACCGGCGUUGACUUGGGGUCUGCCCGCCCGCCUGCCUGUCCGGAUCUGUGGUAUCCCGGCGGUCAAAGCCGGCAAGCCCAAUCCACGUGCUCCAGCCUCGCCUAGUCGUAAUCCAGCAAGAACACGAGCACGCCCUAGGAGUAGUAGCAGCCACGAUCUCCCCGAGAUCGAUCUCGCGCCACGCGCCAUUAAUCCCGCCCCGCCCCAGACCUUCCUUCUACACCUACUCCUACCCUACGGCGCGACGGUCGACUGAUCGAGGGUCGAGGCGAUCAUCGAUGGAUCCCAACAUGGCGGGGCACACCGGGGCCAGCCCGUUCCUGGUCUCGCCGGCGACGGGGCGCGCCAUGACCCCCUCCGCCUCCUACGACGGCAAGCCGGCGGCGGCGGACGCCGGGGCGGAGUUCGUGCUGGAGUCCAAGGGCACAUGGUGGCACGCGGGGUUCCACCUCACCACGGCCAUGGUUGGCCCGACGGUGCUCACGCUGCCGUACGCGCUGCGCGGCAUGGGCUGGGCGCUCGGGCUCGCCGCGCUCACCGCCGUCGCCGCCGUCACCUUCUACACCUACUACCUCAUGUCCCGCGUGCUCGACCACUGCGAGGCCGCCGGCCGCCGCCACAUCCGCUUCCGGGAGCUCGCCGCCGACGUGCUCGGGUCCGGGUGGGUGUUCUACGCGGUGGUCACCGUGCAGACCGCCAUCAACGCCGGCAUCACCAUCGGCAGCAUCCUCAUCGCCGGCAACUGCCUCCAGAUUAUGUACGAGAGCUUGGCGCCGGAUGGCACCCUGAAGCUGUACCACUUCAUCAUCAUCGUCGCCGUCGUGUUGUCGCUCUUCUCGCAGAUGCCGUCGUUCCACUCGCUGCGGUACAUCAACCUCGGGUCCCUUGUCCUAGCCUUCGGCUACACCAUCCUCGUCUCCGGCGCGUGCAUUCGGGCAGGUAUGUCGAGCAAUGCUCCGGUGAAGGAUUACUCGCUGAGCCCGUCAAAGUCCGGGAAGAUGUACGACGCCUUCCUCUCCAUCUCCAUCCUGGCCACCGUGUUCGGCAACGGCAUCCUGCCCGAGAUCCAGGCCACCCUGGCGCCGCCGGCGGCGGGGAAGAUGGUGAAGGCGCUCGUGCUCUGCUACACCGUGGUCUUCUUCACCUUCUACCUGGCAGCCAUCUCCGGCUACUGGGCCUUCGGCAACACGGUGCAGUCCAACGCGCUGCAGAGCCUGAUGCCGGACUCGGGGCCGUCGCUGGCACCGACGUGGCUGCUCGGCCUCGCCGUCGUGCUCGUCCUCCUCCAGCUGCUGGCCAUCGCGCUGGUGUACUCGCAGGUGGCGUACGAGAUCAUGGAGAAGGGGUCGGCGGACGCGGGCCGGGGCCGGUUCUCGUGGCGGAACCUGGCGCCGCGGGUGGCGCUGCGGACCUUGUACGUCGCGGCGUGCGCGUUCGUGGCGGCGGCGCUGCCCUUCUUCGGCGACAUCGUGGGCGUGGUCGGCGCCCUGGGGUUUAUCCCGCUCGACUUCGUGCUCCCCGUCGUCAUGUACAACAUGGCGUUGGCCCCGCCUAGGAGGUCGGCGGUGUACGUGAUCAACGUGGCGAUCAUGGCCUUGUUCACCGGCGUUGGGAUCAUCGGCGCCAUUGCUUCCGUGCGGAAGCUUGUGCUCGACGCCGGACAGUUCAAGCUGUUUAGUGACCAUGUCGUCAGCUGAAUUGGUUUCUUGCCCCGUAUGUAGAUCAUUUUUAUCAUUUUUUAGGGGAAUAUCUUUUUACAGCUCGGGUAAAGUAGGCCGGGCGUACGUGGCCCAUCAACCA